AUGAUUGUUCACCCAAUUUUCUUCCAGUUGUGCAGUGUAGAAGUGUUGCUCAACAAAGCAAUGCAAGUUGACAAGUUGUUAAUGAUUGAGCCCUUAGAGAACAGAGAACCAUGUGAGCAAAAGGAGGGUGGCCUCAAAGUAUGGUACCCAAAUUGGCUAGGCAAAAUUGGCUCAAACAUCAACGUGCCAUUUAUUCAAGCUGUCAUGGAUUGUGUUUGGAACAAUGAAAUGACAAUUCACAUGAAUUCAUCUGGCCAAGGUAAGAUACCAGACCAAGCUUUUACUAGGCCCAUUAUCACUAAGUGCGUGAAAGGGUACUGGAGAAAUAUCCAUAAGCAGUGCAAUGAAUGGAGUAGUGUACAUAAACUUUAG